AUGGACAAUAGAGAAAUAAUUUCAAAUGGUUUACUUCAUGAAAACACAACAAGUUCAUCAAAUGAUAAUCUUCCUAUUUUAAAGAGGAAGAGAAACCUCCCUGGAAAUCCCGAUCCUGAAGCUGAAGUGAUAUCUUUAUCACCAAAAACAUUGAUGGCAACAAACAGAUUUGUUUGUGAAAUAUGUCUAAAGGGUUUUCAAAGGGAUCAAAACCUUCAACUUCAUCGACGCGGACAUAACCUUCCUUGGAAGCUGAAACAAAGAACAAACAAAGAAAUAAGGAAGAGAGUGUAUGUGUGUCCAGAGAAGACUUGUGUUCACAAUCAUCCUUCAAGGGCUUUAGGAGACUUAACUGGGAUAAAAAAGCACUUUUGUAGGAAGCACGGUGAGAAGAAGUGGAAGUGUGAAAAGUGCUCAAAGUUUUAUGCUGUUCAAUCGGAUUGGAAAGCACACUCAAAGACUUGUGGUACCAGAGAAUACAAAUGUGACUGUGGCACUAUCUUUUCAAGGAGGGAUAGCUUUGUGACUCACAGGGCAUUCUGUGAAGCCUUAUCAGAAGAAACAGCUAGAGUAAACGGAUCAACAAACUCAUUACUAGCAAUGGGAGGUUACAACAACAUCAUGCAAGAUUCUCUUGUCCCUAAUCAUUUUUCUUCAAUUUUCAAGCCUAUUUCAUGCACAGAUCAAUCAUCUAGAUCAGGUCUAUCCCUUUGGAUGUCUCAAACAUCUCAUGACUUUCAUGACAACAGCAAUUUGCAUGAGAUUCAUCAACUUGAAAACCCACCACCACACUCAAAUUAUCAUCUAAAUUGGGUUUAUGGAAAUAAACUGUCCUCUAAUAUUGGUUCCCAAGAGUUAACUAGCACUGUUUCACUUCCACUGGUCAAUAGCAACAACAACAUUGAUAAGGAUAGUGUAAGUGCAAACAAUCUUGUUAGUGUUCCUUCCUUAUAUAGCUCACAACACCAACCUCAAUCUCACAAUCAAACAUCCUCAGCAAACAUGUCAGCAACAGCUUUGUUACAAAAAGCUUCUCAGAUUGGGACAACUUCAAGUGAGUCAUUGUUCCUUGGAAGCUUAGGACCCUUGAGAUGCAAUACUUCAAAUCAAGAUCUUGGGAAUAAAUUCACAACAAUCCAUGAGACAGAAGGUAACUAUUCAGGUGAAUUGUCACAAAUGCCCCCGACAAAACGACGACGCAUGCAUAAUGAAGAGACUGUGUGGGGACAAACUAGGGAUUUCCUUGGUGUUGGUGGUGCUAACCAUUUGCACCCCUUCAUGAAUCAACGGAUGGAUUUGAUUUGA